AUGCCUUCAUUGAAUGAAGAGGAAUUGUUUCUCCCAUCAACGCCUGGGAAGUUUAAGGAUAGGAGCAACACAAUGCACAGACAAUUCCAUCGCUGUUUUGCCUCAACGAGUACGUUGUUUUUGUGGGCUUUGUUCUUGGUGGCACUAACGGCGUCGUAUUUGAGUUUCCAAUCAUUUGUAGAGUCGGGUAGCCGGUAUCUCUCCUCCACGUGGGGUGGUAUCCAAUGGGAGAAACAAGUACGUACCUCCGCCCAGAUCCACCGUGCAAAUGGAUUCUCCGUUCUCGUCACAGGUGCCGCCGGUUUCGUUGGCACCCAUGUUUCUCUCGCCUUGAGAAAACGAGGCGACGGCGUUGUGGGUCUGGAUAAUUUCAACGAUUAUUAUGACCCAUCAUUGAAAAAAGCCAGAAAAAGCUUGUUGAAUGCGCGAAAUAUUUUUAUUGUUGAAGGUGAUAUCAAUGAUUCUCCAUUGUUAGCCAAGCUUUUUGACGUUGUGGCGUUUACACAUGUAAUGCAUUUGGCUGCACAAGCUGGGGUUCGAUACGCCAUUGAAAAUCCACACUCGUACGUGCACAGUAAUAUUGCAGGAUUAGUCGCUCUUCUCGAAGCCUGCACAACCGCCAAUCCACAGCCUUCAAUUGUGUGGGCUAGCUCCAGCUCAGUCUACGGCCUCAAUGAAAAGGUUCCCUUCUCGGAAUUGGACCGAACCGACCAGCCAGCUUCAUUAUACGCCGCCACGAAAAAAGCCGGAGAAGAAAUUACCCACACUUACAAUCACAUUUACGGAUUAUCCAUUACCGGAUUGAGGUUCUUCACUGUUUAUGGCCCCUGGGGACGACCCGACAUGGCGUAUUUUUCCUUCACCCGGAACAUUUUGCAAGGAAAACCGAUAACAGUUUACCGUGGCAAGAACCGGGUCGACUUAGCCCGGGAUUUUACCUACAUUGAUGACAUUGUGAAGGGUUGUGUGGCUUCUCUUGACACGGCAAAGAAAAGUACCGGGUCGGGUGGGAAGAAACGAGGUCCGGCUCAGUACCGGAUCUUUAACUUGGGUAAUACGUCGCCGGUGACUGUUCCGAUGAUGGUUGGAAUAUUGGAAAGGCAACUGAAAGUUAAAGCUAAAAAGAAGAUGGUUGAAAUGCCUGGAAACGGCGACGUUCCGUUUACCCAUGCGAAUAUAAGUUUGGCCCGAAGAGAACUCGGGUAUAAACCGACAACCGAUUUGCAAACCGGGUUGAAGAAAUUUGUUAGGUGGUACCUUUCGUAUUACGGCUACAGUCACGGAAAGUCUGUAAAGUGA